AUGAAAAUAAAACCGGCUAAAGCUCCACUUUUACCAGUUACCUGUUCAGUUUAUUCUAAGCGAAUUGUGCUGGAAUGGAAAAAGCCAACGAGAAGAAAUGACAUCGAAUUCAUUGUCACUUACAAAAAGAUCACGGAUAUGGAACCAGUCACUAUUAAAAAACCGUCAACGGCUGUUAGCUGUCAGCUUCAAGUAUCUGCUCAGGAACUUUACAAUGUUGAAAUUCUGUGUGUGAUGCUAAAAACCCAAAAAUUACUUUUAAAAUGGUCAAAGGAGAUUCAGUCAGAAAGUAUUUCCAACUCUGGAAAACUAUCUGAGGUAACAAGCUACAUUAUCAAUAACAACCAGCCCAUCAAAUGUGCACCACUUCCGGUCAAUUUUUCCAUCUCCUUGCGGGAAAUCAAGUUUCAUUGGAAUAAUAACAUGGCACAAAACAAUACACAUUUUGUCAUAUUUGCAACAAAUGUAAAAACCAAAACAAAAAGAACGUUUUCAAGACGGUUCAAUGAGAAAACCUUUCGACUUGUCGUACAUCCGGGGCAGCGUUAUCACGUUGAGAUUCAUUGUACAUCGAUGGAAGAUGGUAGAUUAAUUGCAAGCUGGAAUAAGCUGAUUCAAGCAGAAAAAGAUGGCAAUGCAGGACAAAAGGAACAUAAUAACAAUAUUAAUGAGAAGCAGGCCACUGAAAUUGAUAAGUUUCUGGUGAAUUUUUCAGUUUCCUCGAGAGAAAUAUUAUUGCACUGGAACUAUCAAACCUCAGAGAAAAACAUUUAUUUCGUUGUCAUUUCAACAAAUGUAAAGACGCAAGAUACAAAAAAACUAAAACGGGACUUUGAUUCACAGAACUGCAGUAUUUCGGUGAUACCGGGACAGCUUUAUUCCGUGGAGAUUCAAUGUAAUUCAACGAACAGUGACACAUUGAUUAAGAAUUGGAAAAGCGUGAUUCGGGCAGAAUUCAACCGAAUGGAAUCUUAUGAGCUCCUUCACAAGUGCUUAUCCUUUUUAAAAUACGAAGAAAUAUUCAAACAUUCGAUGCAGAUAAUAUCCACAGUUUAUAGAUGUAAACCUGAAGCGUAUUGGAACACAAUUCGCAUAGAACACAACAACCUCAUGAAAAAAUAUGUGAAAGAUAACAAUGGUCAACCAGGCAAUCUCAUCAAUGGAAAAAUCCACGGACUUUUCUUUACCGCUCAGAUGUGCCGUGGGAAACCGCCAGAUUCUUCUCCGUUCGGAAACAUGCGAAUGGACCUCAAUUGUCUGGAAAUUUUAAACCCCGAAAAGCACAACUUCUAUUUUGCGGACUUCUACUGCAACAGGGAAAUGCACUAUGUAACUAUUGUGAUUUGUGUUAAUAACUCUGAAUCUGAUAAUUACUGUCGUGAAAACCUUAUCGAGUUGAACCCAUUUGCCAACAACUUUCUAAUUAUUGAACGCUCAACUAACGAUAAAUUCAGUAGAUGGAAAUUUUUCGUUAAUUUUGCAGUGAGAGUUGAACUCUUUUACACAGAAAACUUAACAUUAGACUCCGGGAAUCUCACUGAAAUCACUGCAACUGGAGCAGGUACUUCUCGAGCUAAUGGUUUGCCGAAUAACAAGCAGUGCACGAAGUGUAACUUGUAUGCUUUGCAACCAUCGAAAAAAGGAAACAAGUAA